AUGGAGAGUAUCCCAACAGCGGCAUCGGUCGGUCUAUUGCAAUUCCUGCUGCGGUCGACCAUCGACAGCGACAUCCAUAGACUCUCCAGAGAGAUGGAGAUGAUUGAGGAAUUCCUCCGCUCGGUGGCGGAGGUGCCGCGGUACCAGGUCGACCCGCAGGUCAAGAUCUGGGCAGAGAAGGCGAGGGAGCUGUCCUACGACGUGGAGCUUGUCGUCGACGAAUUCGUGCGCACGCUCAGCUCGGAAGGCAUGAUGAAGAAGAUGGGAAGCUUAAUCAAGAAUGGCAAUACUCGCCAUCAGAUCAUCUCCAGCGCAAUCAAGCGCAUCAAGGUUCGUUUCCAACAAGUGAACAAGGCAGGUAAUCUUGCUAAGUCUGCAGCCAUCGACCGGGACAAGGGGGCUAUCAAACUUGAUCGUCUUUUGGCAUUCCGCAAAAGAGGGCAAGAUCUCGUCGGCAUUGAUGGGGAAAAAGUUAAGGAGGUCAUGAAGUUACUAUCAGAUCGGGACAAUGUCUCCAAUAAAAAGUUGAAGACGGUCUGUAUUGUUGGAUUUGGAGGAUUGGGCAAAACCACUUUGGUCAAGGCAGUUUAUGCCAAGAUCCAAAUGGAUUUUGACUGCAAGGCUUUUGUUAUAGCCGGCCAGAAAGCUAACUUGAAGGAGGUCUUGACGGAUAUAAUCUCACAGCUCACCAUGAACAACAGAUACAACAAUACCUUCACACUGGACGAACAACGGCUCAUAAAAGAACUUCAGGAAAUCCUUAAGGAUAAGAGGUACCUUGUCGUGAUAGAUGACAUAUGGAAUGAAAAUCUGUGGGGAAGUAUCAAGUCUGCUUUCUCUGACGAGAACAAUCAUGGCAGUCGAAUAAUCACUACAACCCGCAUAGUUGGUGUAUCUACAGCUUGUUCCUCGUCCAGCAAUGAUUUUAUUUGUCAAAUGAAACCCCUGUCUGAUGACGACUCCAAAAGUCUCUUGUAUGACAGAAUAUUUGGAUCUGUCAGUGGAUGCACUCACGAAUUCGAACAAGCAUCUAGUGAUAUCUUGAAGAAAUGUGGUGGGGUACCUUUAGCAAUCAUUGCUAUGGCUUCUGUUUUUGCUGGAGAUCAGUGGAUGAAAUCAAAUAAUGAAUGGCAUGUCUUACUCAAGUCAAAUUGCUCAAGUCUAUUGGAGAAUAGCAGUUGGAAGGAGAUGCAAAGCAUAGUAUCCUUAAGCUACUCUCAUCUUCCACCGCAUCUGAAGACUUGCUUAUUGUACUUGAGCAUAUUCCCUGGGGGUCCCCCAAUUGAAAGAGAUCGGAUGGUGAAGAAAUGGAUUAUGGAAGGGCUUGUUAUUAGUUGGCACCAUAGUCCGGAGGAGGUAGCAAGCCAGUUCCUGGACGACCUCGUGAAUAAUAAUGUUAUUCAGCCCCUGAAAUACAACAGCAAUAGUGAGGUAAUAACCUACCAUAUCCACCCUAUGAUGCACGAUAUCCUUAAAGCCAUAUCCAAAGCGGAGAAGUUCGCCGCUGUGUUUGAUGACAAAGAAAUUUCAAGUGUGCAUCGUAUGAACUUCCGCAACCUCUCUAUUGAAUGUCCUGAUUCAGAAAAUCUAAUUAAUUUAUCAAGUAUGGCCUUUGAUGGUGGUGUUCGCUCCUUAACUGUUUUUGGUCAUGCAAACCAAUUUCUUCUUAGGCAUUUUAAGGGUGCACGAGUUUUAGAUUUAGAAGGCUGCUUGAGUAUUGCGAGGGCUGAUGUGGAGUACAUAUGCAGUAUGGUCCUGCUGAAGCACUUGUGCCUUGCAAAGACAGAUAUCACAGAGCUCCCACCACAAGUAGGUAACCUACAGUAUUUGGAAGGGCUUGAUGUAGGAGAGACUCAAAUCACCCAGCUCCCAGCAGAUAUUGGCAAGUUACAGCAUCUGAAGACUCUAGAUGCAAGGAAGUCACGAGUCAAGGAUUUACCUGAUGAAAUUGUCCAGCUCACAAGGCUGGUCCAUUUGCUUAUUGGUGACAGUGAAUCCUGUGAAGGAGUGAAGUUACCUGACGGAUUUGGGAAGAUGAUAUCACUGGAGCAACUGGGCACCAUUGAUUUGAGGAAAUGUUCGCUAUCCUCUCUGAAGGAGCUUGUUGAGCUCCCGCAUCUCAAAGAGAUUGCAGUAGUGUUAAGUGACGAGUUGGAAGACACAAGAAUGAAUGAUGCUUUGUUGUUUUCCCUUGAGAAGUCAACCAAGCUGAGAUCCCUGGUGGUUUGUAGUGAUUUCAGAUUGAACGCACUACAGUCAUCAACGAAGUACAAAUAUCUGAUCUGCCGGAAGAAACUUACUGUGGUAAGAUCAUCAUUGAAGGUUCCGACUGUUAUUGCAGGGCAUCUCUUUAUUGGUAUACUGGAUAUCAGGGUCUGCAAGCUAGAGGAGGAUGAUCUGAAGAUACUCCGAGAGCUGCCUAGAUUGCAGAACCUCAUCGUGCGGUUUGCAGUACUCCCAACAAAAAUGAUAUGCAUCAGCCGUGAGGGGUUUGCAAAAGUUGAGAGUUUCUAUGUUGAUUGCCGAAUGCCAAGGGUGAUCUUUGAGGAAGGAGCCAUGCCAAAGCUGGAACAUCUUGCGCUCAAGUUGUACGGUGGAUCAGCAAGUGAAGAGCAUAUGGGUAUCAAGCACCUCCUAAACCUUCAAAAGGUUACUCUCCACUACGCCAAAUGGUAUGCAACCAACAAGGGCGUCAAGGAGACAACUGAUGCCGUGAAAGCUGAGUGUAAGGAGCACCAGAACGAGAUCACUCUGUGCAUUGCUGAAGAAGAGAAAAAUGGUACCUGCAACACGAAGACUGAGAUUUUCCAAGAGAACAGAGUUGCCAGUUGCAGUAGGAUGACUGAGACUGAAGAAGACACACAAGAGGGAGGCCUUCAUCAGAGUUGCAGUGCUAUUGCUAGCUGCAGCGGGACCAACGAGAUUGAAGAAGUUGCAGAGUAG